AGCAGCAGUAGUAGCAUUAGCAGUAGCAGUAGUAGCAGUAGUAGCAGCAGUAGCUCUUCGUCCUCCUCCUCCUCCUCUUCCUCCUCCUGUUCCUCCUCCUCCUCUUCCUCCUCCUCUUCCUCC